UUCCGCAGCAAAUCUGACCUAUCCGCUUGGCUGUCUUGGAACUGACUAGUUUCUGCUACUUGCAUGCAUAUCGAAUAGGUGUACUUUCCACGGAAAACUCUUAGCAGAUGUGUGAAACGAUGUUUAACCUCGAUGUUUACAAAGCCGGCAUUCGGGAGGGACGCUGCUGGCCAUAGUCCCGCCCCGCACAGGCACGAAGGACCCGCUCCCCUCGCGGGACUGCAGCUCCGGGCGGCAGAGGACGGCUCGCAGCCCGAGACUACAACUCCCGGCGGGCCCUGCCGGUGGCGCAGCGGCCGACGCGGCGGCCGACGCGGCGUGUGAGUGGUUAGCGGGUCGGGGCGGGCGCGCGGGACCCUGCUCCGGGGUAGCGGGAUGUGCGCGGGGAGCUCCUGGCGCCUCUCCCGCGCGGGACGGAGCCGCGGGAGUGACGCUGGAGGGGUGAAGCCUCCGUCUGGCCGCCCGCAUGGAGCUGAGCAGCGCCGAAGGGGCGUCCACCCGGUUCCUCGGCCUCACUCAGCGCUCUGUCUCUGAAGAUCUGGGUUGCAGACGCGGAGAGUUUAGCAGAAAGCAUUACGGAUCUGUGGAGCUUCUUAUAUCUAGUGAUGCUGAUGGAGCCAUUCAAAGAGCUGGACGGUUCCGUGUAGAAAAUGGCUCCUCUGGUGAGAAUACAGACUAUGCUCCAGGUACAUGGCACAGAACGGAUGUGCAUUUGGAAAACCCAGAGUAUCAUACAAGAUGGUACUUCAAGUAUUUUUUAGGGAAAGUUCAUCAGAAUUAUAUAGGUACAGAUGCGGAGAAGAACCCUUUCUUUCUGUCUGUCGUACUGUCUGACCAAAAUAAACAGCGCAUUCCUCAAUACCAUUCAAUACUUUGGAGAAAAACGGGUACUCAGAAAAUAUGUCUCCCUUACAGUCCCACGAAAACAUUGUCAGUGAAAUCUAUAUUAAGUGCUAUGAGCCUUGAUAAAUUUGAGAAGAGCCCGAGAGAAAUUUUUCAUCCUGAGAUACAAAAGGAUUUACUGGUUCUGGAAGAGCAAGAGGGAUCUGUGAAUUUUAAAUUUGGAGUCCUUUAUGCUAAGGAUGGUCAGCUUACAGAUGAUGAAAUGUUCAGUAAUGAAACUGGAAGUGAAAGCUUUCAACGAUUUUUGCAUCUCCUGGGUGACACAAUUACUUUGAAGGGCUGGUCAGGCUACAGAGGAGGACUGGACACUAAAAAUGAUACAACAGGAACCUGUUCCAUCUAUACAGUUUUUCAAGGGCAUGAAAUUAUGUUCCAUGUUUCAACCAUGCUACCAUAUUCUAGAGAGAACAAGCAGCAGGUAGAAAGGAAGCGACAUAUUGGAAAUGACAUUGUCACUAUCAUAUUUCAGGAAGGUGAAGAGUCUUCUCCAGCAUUUAAGCCAUCCAUGAUUCGCUCUCAUUUUACACAUAUUUUUGCUUUAGUGAGAUAUAAUAAGCAGAAUGAUAGUUACAGGCUGAAAAUAUUUUCAGAAGAAAGUGUUCCUCUCUUUGGGCCUCCCCUUCCAUCCCCACCUGUGUUUACAAAUCACCAGGAAUUCAGGGAUUUUGUGUUGGUGAAAUUAAUAAAUGGUGAAAAGGCCACCUUGGAAACACCAACAUUUUCUCAGAAACGUCAACGCACUCUAGACAUGCUGAUCCGCUCUUUAUACCAAGACAUGAUGCCUGACCUACACAAAGGAAAUAACAUGCUUAAUAGAAGAUCCUUCAGUGAUGUGUUACCGGAGUCCCCAAAAUCCACACGGAAAAAAGAGGAAGCUCGACAAGCAGAGUUUGUUCGACUUGGUCAGGCAUUGAAAUUGAAAACCACUGUGAAAGGGGAUACCACAGCUAACUUGGCAACCACAAGCUUUUGUAAAAAGGAGCCUUGGGAAUCUCAGUCUUUCUGCAGUAAUUUUCCUCAUGAGGUUGUCUGUGCAGAUUCUUGGGGCCAGUCCUUGCUGGUUUCUACAGAUGCUGGCAUCUUGUUAAUAGAUGAUGGCCAACCGUCAGUGCAAGUAUUUGAUAAAACACUCCAAAUGAAGCAGAUGAAUGUGUUGGAAGCUCUGGAUCUUUUGAUUGCCCGAACAGACAAAGGGAAAGACUCUCGUAUCCUUGUCUUCAGACUCAGUGGUGUCCAAAAAGAUAUAGAGACUAAAAAAAUGAUAAGAAGCAAAUAUGACUGCAGAGAAAAUAAACUGGAGAGAACAAAAGGCUGCCAUUUGUAUGCCAUUAAUACUCACCAUGGAAGCGAACUGAGGAUUGUUGUGGCUAUUCGGAACAAACUACUUCUCGUCACAAAGAAAUAUAAUUUACACAACACGUUAACGAGCACCUCUCUGCUAUCAUCUCCUGAAUCUCCAGUAGAGGAGUUCCAGUACAUCCGGGAAAUAUGCCUUUCUGACCCUCCAGUGGUCAUGACACUGGUGGACGGACCUACUGGAGACAGUGACAAUAUGAUCUGUGUAGCAUAUCGGCAUCAGUUUGAUUUAGUCAAUGAGAGUACAGGGGUGUCCUAUAGAUUGCAUCAUGUCGAAACAAACAGGGUUAAUUUUGUUGCAGCUAUUGAUGUAUAUGAAGAUGGUGAAGCUGGUCUGUUGUUGUGUUAUAACUAUGUUUGUCAAUACAAAAAGGUAUAUCCUUUCAGUGGAGGUUCUCCACUGGUCCAGCCAUCAGCUUAUGACUUCCACUUCAGCUGGAAUCAAGUUCCUUCUGCUGUUGUCUGUGCUUUCCCUUAUGUUCUUGCCUUCACUACUGAUUCCAUUGAGAUCCGAUUAGUGGUGAAUGGGAACUUAGUCCACACAGCAGUUGUGCCUGAGCUUCAACUUGUAGCAUCAAGGUCAGAUAUUUAUUUUAAAGCUACUGCUGCAGUAAGUGGAUCAUCUGACAGCAGCUCUAAGGAAAUGAGUUCAAAGAGUUCUCCUCAAACACUGACACCUUGUGAAAAGGCAGAAUUUCCUCUUCCUUCGCUAGAAGAUGAAGUUCCAUGCAAAAACCUGUACAAAAUACCUCUCAGCAAUCUGGUUGGGCGAAGCAUUGAACGACCUCUGAAGUCACCUUUGGCCCCCAAGGUCAUCACUACUACAACAUCAAGUGGCAUUACCUCUCUUCCAGUUAUGCACUCACUAUCUUUAUCUCGUAUGGAAAUCAAAGAAAUUGCAAGCAGAACACGUAAAGAAUUGCUGGGCCUCUUGGAUGAACCUAUCGCCAAGGCAGAAAGUGCACAGAAGCUAAAAAAAGUUUCUCGAAGACAGUCAGACCCCAAACAGGGAGCCGUAAGAUCAUCUAGUAGUGACAGGAUAAUCUCAAGCUCGUUUGAAGGCUGUUCUGAAAGACGUCAUCUUUCCACUAGUUCAGAUCCUGAUACUUCAGCAAACAGAGAGGAGAGCUCACCAUCUAGCUAUCCAUUUCAGCUGAUUUCUUUAUAUGAUGAAGACAUAAUUGACUUAAAAUGAAGACACUUUUAAAACCUUUCUUCCUUACUUCACAUUUUCUUACAACUCUGUAAGCUCUAUGGCAAUGUCACAAACACUGCUUCUGGUGGUAAAAUGUGGCUGAAGUACAGGUGAUAAAUCCUUAUAAACCCAUGUUCUAGUUAGCACAACCUGAUUUGGUGAUGCCUUUAUCUUUGAUAUUGGUAUGUUUUCUCAGUUAAUGAAGCAUUACUUUUCGUGGCAUUCUAACAGUAAGUAAUCAAUGAGAGACUGAGGCUGAAACUGAAGUAAACAAAAAGUAUUACUUGUUCUAAGCUUCUUAUAAUUUGACUUACCUAAAUGACAUGCAGCAAAGUUAAUUGCUGUUAUUACUAUCAUGAGUUGUUUUAAAACAGUGUAUGUCGUGUUGGAAGAGGAAUUUUAUGACAUAGAUCACUGCUUUUGUUUUUUUCAGUCUUUAAAAAACAAAACAACAACAACAAAAGGCUUGCAGUUGAAGUAAUUUCAAACGGUGCAGUCAGUCCCUAAAUUGAUGUAUCUGUACACUGAAGAAUCAGGUGAGAUAUGAAGGUAGUGUUCCCUUUGCUCACUGUUUACAGAAACUUGAAAACUGUUCUGACAUAAUGAACCCCUGAACAGAGAAACUUUCUAUAGGAAACACAAACUUUCAGAAUAUUUCUCAAAAAUUGAAAAUUAGAAAAACCUAAAAAAGCCACAAACAAAAAAUGCCGAAACAAAAACCCCAGUCUCUCUACUGGAAAACUCUUAUUGUAGUGCAUCUACAGAUUUUUCCAUUACAGGCAGAGGAGCCAACCCCCGUUACCUUUGACUACAAAAAGAUUCUUAUGCAUACAUCAUCAUUAACUGUUGUCUGCACUUGCACCAACAGUAUAAGUCUUUAUUUCAGAUAGUUGUAUUUUUCUAACUGGAUGCGACUGAAUUGUCACUGCUAAUAAGCUCGUCUUCUAUGAUGAAAUAGUCAUCUUGUCUCUUACUGUGUUAAACGAUAGGGGUGUAUAUUUAAAGUUUGAUUUUUUUAAACUUUCCUCUAGAAUACCUUUGCAAGGAGUUUGUUUGGUUUUGAGUUUUUUGUAUGAAAGCCUUUCUAUAUAUGAUGUUUUAGCUUUAUUAGCAAGUGUUUCUUGUUCUAUAUGUAGAAAUACUUCUGUGUCCUUGAUUUUGUUUCAUAAUACCACUCGUAUGUCAUGAUUUCACUUUCGUUCAAGCAUGGUCAUCCGGAGAUGCAUGCCUUUUGGUGCCAUCUGUCUGAAUGUAAAACUGGUUUUGCAAAGUGAUUUCUCAGUUUAUUGUAUAUAAUGGCCGAAUUGCUUCACUUAAGAAAAUAUGCAAGGUCAUAUCUUACUUUCAACUGUGGUGGCUAAUCAAUAGAAGAAGCAAUAUUUUCAACAGUAAUUAGGAGCAGAAGGCUGUUAUUACUUUAGUGGGUUUUGCACUCAUAGGUGUGUGGGGUGAACCUUAAUAAGCAUCUAAAAGGAAGUACCAGAUCAAAGUCUUUGCAAAAACUUGUAAUUGUUUUUUGAGGAUGUUGCUUCCAGAGAUUGUGUUACUUUACCCUAUCCUUAUUUAUUUUGACACUUAAGGUUUAAAAAAAAAAUCUAUCUGAAAGUACCAUGCAGUGCUUAUUUUCCAGGAAGUGGUAGACACUUCUGAAUCCACUUUUGAGGUCCCUGCUAGCAGUUACAUAUUUUUAUAAAGAAGAAGAACCAUCUUUUUCCAUGAACAGCUUUCUCAGUGUAGUAUUUGAUAUCUGGUUUGUGGCUUUUUUAGAAGACUGUACCAGUAUGUUGCAAAACUGGGGCUUUAGUUUAAAUUUUAACUGGAAACUUUGCUUUACCCUGUUAGGAUAGAUUUUUGAUAUUCAGCAGAUGUUCACCUGUGCUAUUACAGCAUGUUUUAAAAUUGUUAACCAUUGUUUGAUAGCAGUUGAAGCAAUAUAUGGAAAUUUUAAAACAUGCUUUAAGAACCUGAGCAAACACAUACUUAGGUAUACUGAAAGACUAGCCUUAGAGAUGGAGCACUAGGGAGAACAAGAAGAUUGAGAAGAGCUUGACAGAAAGUUUGACUACUGGCUAUGAUGGUGGUCAAAAUGCAUAGAGAUACAGCAUUUGCAUUAUAUUCUAAGCAUGAUUAUAGAAGAAAGGGCUAUAAAGCAGGAUUUAUUUUCUUGAACCAGAAGUGCAGCAGUGGCUGUAAAGUAUUACCAUGAAUUAAGAGAGUGUUGGGGGGUGGGAAUGUGUGUGCAUGUGUGUGUGGGAGAGGGAGAGAGAGAGAGAGAGGAAGCACCUUUGAAGGUCUGCCUGUAAUUACAGCAUUGAUGACAUCUAGCAAAUGAACUAUAAGGAAUAGAGAUACUGGAUUACUGAAGCUAGACAAAACCAGAUCAUACUGGCUUGUGGUACAUACUUGGAAGAGGAUGUUGGUAUCAUUUGAAGAGGAAAGCCCAGCAACUGCAUCCCCGCCCACCUCCCACCUGCUUUUAUGCCAUAGCUUGACUUAACGGGUCAGGUACAAGCUGUUAAGCAGGUCACACUAGGAACUACCAGGCCUUAACAUACUAUUACUCAUAUAGAACAGGAAGGAGCAGAAUCCUGGAAAAAAUUUGUCCUCAUUCUUAAUGUAUCCAGUAAGUGCCUUAAACAAGGCUUUGACUUCUUUAGUUUUUGCUUCUGUACUUAAUCAGUGUUGUAGAGGGAUAAUAUCUAAUGUGGCAAAAGAAGUAGAGAGCAUUUAGUUUGGGUUAUAUGACACCUAGAGAUGAUAGCUGAGGCUUUAGAGUCAUAUAUCUGUAGUUUACUACCUACUUAUUGUAUGAGAGCAGCCCAGAAUAUAGGUAGAAGGCAGAGAACAUGGGAAAAAUACUCCAAUUUUAUUUGACGCAAGCCACAGGAACCAAAUUCUGUGAAGAUCUUUAUCACAUUUAUUUUAUCAAAAGAACAAAUACUAACACUGUCAUGUGAAAUUGCUGGUGGAACAGGAGAAACCUCUAUUGUACAAGGAUGUGGCUUCUUUGCAUUUUUAGUAGUCUGAUCAGACUGCCAUGAUUUCUGUGUCUCUUGACGUGAGGAGAAUUAGCUUCUAGCUAUUGUUUCUCUCAAAAGAUCAUCCUUACUGUUCAGACUGCUAAUUAAAAUCUAGAGGCAGUUGGUAGUGUUGAUACAUAAGCUCUUGUGCGUCAUUUAUAAAAUGCAAAGUUCUUACACAUUUUCGGAACCUCUCCUUCUUAAGACUGUUGUUAGAUGACAAGGCUUGUUGGAAGGCUGCUGGGAUGGCUGUAGUGUUGUUCACUUCAGCAUUGGAGCCAUGUUGUUUGGCCUCUGUUUCUCCAGCCUGUGCAUGCAUUUACUCCCUAAAAUUUAAAAAGUAGUCUUAGGGACAAAUUGUGUCCACCCUAAGCACAACCCUUUCUCCUUUCACACUGGAUGUUAAAGCUGCCCAUAGGCUACAUUCUUCAUACUGGCUGACUAUCUCAUGGUUAGGAGAAACGAUAACCUUUGAAUCUACAGCUACGUAAGAUGGAUGUUGUUCUAAUAGGAAAACUGAAAAAUAUUGCUACAGAUAGAUGGGGGAAUUGUUUCUGUGAAGGAAGAACUGUCACCAAAUUGAGCACUUGCUAUCAAGCUAAGUUUAACUGAAGGCCCAUUCUGGACUCUUGUCUAAGUUUCUGCAAGUAAUACUUUCUAUCCCAAUGUGCUGGAUUUGUUGGCAGUGGCAGGGCUCUUAACUCCUGGCUAAAUGGUAUUGGUCACCACUUCAUCCCUGUGCCUUAGUCUGACUAAAUUAUAGAAGUAUCAUUUACAUUGGUGCAAGCAUUAGAUUGUAUAGGUAGUUAAUUUAGAAUGUACUUCUGCAUUCUCACCAGCAUGGGUAAUGAUGCAUGGAAUCACGAAAUAGUUGAGGGUCUAAGGGACCACUGUGUUAUUAUCUAGUCCAGUACACAUACCUGUGCACUACCAUUCAAAAUAGAUACGCAACAUUUUGAGCUACUCAUCGUCUUUGUCCUGCAUUUGAAUGACAGCAUGCAUAUGAACCAUUACCACAACUUUGAAGUGUGACUAGGACUCAAGAACCCCCAGACAUAUGAGCUAAGUUAAUUCUUUCACACACACAAUAUGGAGCCCUUAAGGCUGAGGCUUUGAUGAGCUGUUCCCAAGGUCCCAAAAACCCAGUUUGGGCUUUAGAAACCAGUACAGACUAAGAGUAAUUUUUGUCCAGUUCGUUAUUGUAGUGGCAAUGUAGUACACAUAAAUGUUUUUAUGUGUUUGAAAGUAACAAAACACUUCCUUUUAAUAAGAAACAAACAGGCCACAUGCAAUUUGAAAAAAGGGCUAUGGCUAUUCAUGGUAGCAAGAGAGCUGCUCUCUAGGUUCAGUUAAUGCACGCAUACAUGCAGUUUCCUGGUUUGCAAAGAAGUAAGGCCUGUUCUAGUUAUAGCCCUUUACUGGUUUGGGGUUGUGGCAGGGAUUCUUGUUUUGGUUGGUGUGGUUUCUUGAGGCUGGGGAUGUGUGGGAUUUUUGUUGGUUGGAAAUUCUUUUUCAGGUUUUGGAGGGGGAAGGUUUUGUUUUGUUUUGUUUUUUUGUGGUUUGCUGUUGUUUCUCAGUGCAUAACAUACACACAAGUAUGCACCUGGAAUGAAUAGCAGGUUUGUUCUCUGCCUUCGUGUGAUUAUUUCUAUAAAUGUUUAAGUGUUUGUAAUUGAUAGAUUCAAAUUCAAUUUUUUUAGUAUUGUGACAGUCAACUGAAUAAAUAUUUAAACAGUACUUAAGAGGGCAGGGAAUGGGUAACAGUAUUGCCUAACUAGUUACAUCUGGUUAAGGUUGCUACUCCUGACAUAUAUUUUCUGCUGUUCUAUGUAUAUUUGACCAGUAAUGGCUAGCUCAAAGAUGUUUUCCUAAAGAUGUGGGUCUAUAAAUCAUGCUUGCAGAUGCAGUGGCUUUUCCAGAGCUGUUGGCUCAGUCUGCAUUUGAAAUAUAUAACCCUUUUCAUUUGGAUUUGGUUUUCAAUAUGUAUAAUAUAGGUAUAUAUAUUUGUAAUUUCUACCAUAAAUUUUCAGGGAUUAAAAAUCCUUAGUUAUAUAUAUAAGAAUUUAAAGUAAUGGGAUCAUGAAAGGAAGGGGAAGGAAAAAAUCCCAUCAGCAAGUGAUAAGGUAUUUCAGAAUAAUUUCUGUUGCCUUCUGUGUAUAAAAAUGAGUAUCACACUAUUUUCACUUUUAACUAUUUGAUGUCAUGGUUCAUAUGCACAGUGCUUGCUUAUUCUGUUAAAGCACUGUUUUCUUAGAUAGGCUUAAUCUGUUUUUCUGAAGGACUGAAUUAUACCCUGGGAACCUAAUAUUAACAAUAUAGGAAGGCUCAAGAGAUUAUGCAGCAAACAUCUGUACUUGCAUGCAGGUUAGAAAGUAUUUUCAUUCUUAUUAGUUGAGCACAGCAACCUCACCAGCCUGUAUACUGUUUAGCUGCUUCACUUUGUUGCUGACCUGUAACUGACUGACUCCUGUUUGCUACUGGAAAUUGUGGUACUAGCACCUGACUUGAAGAGAAAAUGCAUAUUUAUUUAUAGCUGUAUUAGGUAUUUAUCUGGUUGAAUGGAAAAUGUAAACGUUUAUGCAGAGUGUUAUCAGUCUGGAAUGUCAGUUUGUCUUUAAAUGGUAGCAGACUGCUUUGUAAUUUAAUAAUCGCAUAUUGUUAAGACUGUUGCUACAUUUGUGAUCAAAGACUCUUUACCACUGGUCUUAAAUGCCGAUGUAUUACCAUUGUUUUUAAUGUCUUAUGAUAGCAUGUAUGGUUUGUAAUUUAGAGAUGACAUACAAGUAGAAAUAGUCCUAUCACGUCUGAAAUUGUUUUAAGUGCUAUUUAUCACCUUUGUGAAGAGGAAACAUGAUUUAUUCCUUCAUCUGUAAUAAACUGUAAGUUUGA